AUGAACUUAUCGCUUCUGGACCCCUUUGCUGUGGCGAAAGAGUACCCCGAAUCACUCACACAAUCCUUGGCAUAUGGGCAUUCUGUAGUGAUUCAAUUUAGUCACAAAGGUGACUAUUUGGCUCUGGGGCUUGCCGAUGGCUCGAUCGUGAUUUACGACUUGGUAUGCAACGGAGGUAUAAUAACACAUUUAUAUCGCAAUGGCCAUCUACGACCGAUCACCUCACUCAGCUGGUCUCGCUGUGGUCGCUACUUGUUGUCAACGUCACAAGAUUGGACAAUCAAGCUCUGGGACUUAUCAAUGGUGAAUCAAGGUGACGACAUUGAUCCAGUUAUAAGAACUGUUACGUUCGAUGGACCCGUGUGGAGUGCAGUACUUCAUCCCAAAAACCCGUUUUUGUUCGUGGCUUCGUUGUUUGAAGACAGUGCUGCUGUUGUGGACAUGACUGAUGAUAUCAAGAUCUCCCGUUUAUCUGCUCAUCCUAAGGGACAAGAAGACUCAAAAGACAAACAUUUGACCCUCACUUCGGUAUUUACACCAGACGAAGAAGGGUCUUAUAUCUUUGCAGGAACGUCAAAGGGCUGGAUCAACAUUUUUGACUUGUCCACCCUAAACAAAGUGCACUCCGUAAAGGUUGCAAAUGCUAAUAUCAAAAACGUCGUUAUAUCACCAAACGGCCGCAAGCUCGCUGUCAAUGCUUCAGACAGAAUCAUACGCCAAAUAAACCUUUCCGAUUUCAUCAAUACGGCACCAGAAGAAUGGGAGUUCGAGGUUGAACACAAGUACCAGGAUGUAGUCAAUCGGCUCCAAUGGAAUACUGUGGCAUUCAACCACAACGGCGACUUCUUAUGUGCUUCUACAUUCGGUCAACUGUCCCAAGACUUGUACGUUUGGGAGACUUCUCUCGGAUCGCUCAUUAAGAUCUUGGAGGGGAGUUCGGAAGAGUUGGUGGAUCUCAAGUGGAAUUACCCUCGCUGUAUAAUUGGUUCCACGGGACUUGAUAGCGGUACUAUCUACUUGUGGCUGGUGCCAUUCCCACAGAAAUGGAGUGCUUUAGCACCGGAUUUCGUGGAGAUAGAAGAGAACAUCGAGUACGAAGAAAAAGAAGAUGAGUUCGAUAUCAUCGACGACGAUCUACUCAACAAGAAAAGGCUUCAGGAAGAAGAUCUACAAGUCGACGUCUUGCUGAAGGAAUUGGUGGAUGCCCGUGGGUUCACGAUACAGGAGGCAUUUGUUAUCCCCGUCGAUUACAGACGCAAAUAUGGAGCAUGA